AUGGAGACCACGGCACAGCAAGUCACGAGUGAGGAGGCUAAUGAGCGAACGGCGCUUUUGUCAACUGUUAAUCAGCCUUCCCAAAAUCAUGGCACCUUGCCUCACGAGGAAGCUAUUGAAGACGACGAAGAUGGGCAAGAUAUCGACCCAAAUGAGUUCGACGAACUCUUGUCAAGAUCAGAGAACAUCACAACUGGCCUAGGGAUCGAAGCCGAGUCUCAAGAAACGGCAAUGCUUCGGGGCCCUCGACGAUACAGCAAAGCCAGGUCUGGGUCCCGAGCCUCCAGCCAUGUACGAUCUCUCAGGAGAAAAUCGUUUGCCAGUACUGUUGGCAGUAUACAAGAGAACAACAUUGAGGAUGAAAUUGAUACUGAACCAAAAUCUCCAUUCCGCCAUGUCAGCGUGUCGCAAUUUUGGAUGAUAUUUGGAGGUCUGAUGUUUGCUACUUUUGUCUCUUGCUUCGACUCCACACUCAUGGUUUCGAGUCAUCCGGUCAUAACGUCCUACUUUCAGAGUUCCAAUAGUGCUUCCUGGCUCUCGACUGCAUUCUUGUUGACAUCGACAGCUUUCCAGCCGAUCUUUGGCCGUUUGUCGGAUACAAUCGGUAGGAAGAAGCCAUACAUCUUCACUUUGAUCGUCUUUCUUGUGGCAACGAUCUGGUGUGGUCUUGCUCAGAGCAUGUUGAGCUUCAUCAUUGCCAGAGCUCUUUGUGGCUUGGGUGCUGGAGGAAUGAUGUCUUUAUCCUCUAUUAUUAUCUCCGAUCUUGUUCCCAUCGAAAUUCGAGGGGCUUAUCAAUCCUACGUCAACAUCGUCUUUGGUAUUGGAUCUUCUCUUGGAGCAGCUCUCGGAGGAGCAAUUUGUGACCAUCUAGGCUGGAGAUGGCUCUUUUUCUUGCAAGUGCCAAUGGUCAUACUCGUUCUCGUUGCUAUAUGCCUUAUGGUUCCAAGAGACCUCGGAUUACUGAAGGAUGUGCAGAGAAAGUCGGUCUUGGAAGCCAUGAAGACGUUUGACUUCAAAGGGUCGAUUCUACUCACGACUUCCAUCACCUUCCUCAUUCUCGGUCUGAAUCUUGGCGGAAACGUCUUCCCCUGGUCCCAUCCCUUCGUCAUUACCUCCCUCGCCGUCUGCGCAGUCGGGCUUUCGCUCUUCGUCUACGUCGAAUCGCGAGUCCCCCUCCCUAUCAUGCCGCUCGCUCUAAUAUUCAGCUACCCCCGGGCUGGCUUAAUCAUCGCAAAUGCCCUUGGGGCCGUCAUCAUGAAUGCUGUCACAUUCAACGCACCCCUCUACUUCCAAGCUGUCCUCCUCGAAAGUGCAACCAGCUCCGGCUUUCGUCUUAUCGCCCCAACAAUCGUCGCUGCAGGAUUCGGUACCGCAACUGGCUUCCUGAUCACUUGGACUAGACGCCUGAAGCUAUAUCUCGUGCUAGGCGUUUUCUUCCUGGUUACUGGGACGGUGGCAAUGUCGUCCAUGCAGCGAGGUUGGCCGGGCUGGGUAUACGUCUUGUGCCUCUUGCCGGGGAAUAUUGGAACUGGUUUCAUGUUCCCCGCUACAUUCAUGAGCGUGCUGGCUGUUUCGGAGCAAGCUGAACAGGCGGUGGUUUCAAGUACGUUGAUUCUGUGGAGGUCAAUGGGGAUGGUGUUUGGUGUUGCGAUGAGUAGUCUGGUGGUGCAGAAUACGCUGUAUCUGUAUCUCGAAGAGAACGUUACUGGGCCUGAUAAAGCAAAGGUCAUUGAGGAGGUGCGAAAAUCGGUCAGAGCAAUCGCGGGUCUUGAGCCACAUUAUCGAGAACAAGUCAUCGACUCAUAUGCCUCGUCAUUGAGAGCUACAUUUAUCAUGGCAUUGAUUUUGUCCUUGGUAGCAACGGCUAUGACGCUGCCCAUCAAACUUCCGAGACUUGGGCAGAGGAAACGUUAG